AUGACGUUUAAGAAUCUGAUGAAUUUUGGAAAUCUCGCGAAAAAUUCGUACCGACCCCCCAUCGAUAGAUACCACAGCGGAUACCAUCACAGUGGCCCUGGUGGAUAUCACCACAGUGGUUCUGGUGGUUAUCACCACAGCGGCUCCGGCGGCUACCACCACGGUUCACACUACGGGAGUUACAAGAGCAAGGGUGGUGGAAGCGGGGCAGCUCUGAGCGCGUUGACGUUGCUCGCCUUUCUAUUCCUCAUAAACGUCAUGCAGCAAUCUCUGCAAGACAAUAAUUCAACAACAACGAUGAUGACGACCGCGGUAAUGUUGCGGGACGGUGAUCAACCAGUGGUUUUAGACGCAAGGGAAAAGGAGGGCAAGAAGGGGGACGAGACAAAGCACGAUGGUUCUUACAGGACACCAGCAAAAUCCAAGAUCCAAAGGCUUAACAAUCAGUAUAUUAAAUAAAA